UCGUUCCCCUAAGGAAGGGAGGAUGGGGAGGAUUAUGGAACACGUUCUCAGGGCGACUGUGGGGCAGGUGGAGCGCAGGAACAUCGACGACAGGUGUGUGUGUGGCUCUAAUAUGUCAGGAUAAUGUUUGCGCAGGAUCAUUUCUCCCGCGUGCAACGAGGAGCAUGACCAGGACGGGAGUGGAAAGAGGCCGAGAGGCGUCUGACGAUCAGCACGCAAAGAAGCAUGGCGGACAGGGAAGCAUGGGCCGAACGAGGCGCUGCUGCCCCUCCUCCCUGCCACAUUCUUCUGUGCUUGCGGGCAGCGCUUGACGGACUUUGUUCUGUUUUUUCUUCCAGCCAGGCUUGCAAUAACACCGACUAGCACAUAGGAGGCACGAGGGUCGUCAGCAAUGGCAAGUCUUUGGGGCACGUGCUCGCGCUGCCACACAUUCGACUGGAACCAUAUUCUACGCAGACGUAAUAUGGCCUGCAGUGGGUGUGGAUCCAAAGUUGAACUGUUUCGUCCUGAGGACCGCGCCAAUUUCAGUGGCCAGGAGGUUGGCACGGACGACGUGUGGUUCGAUACGGACAUCGGCAGCGAGUCUGAGGGAAUACGCAAACCGCUCCCAGCAGACAUCCUUCGUCAGCCACGCGGUGACCGCGCUUCGCCUCUUGGUGGCAAGCGUGGCAAAAGGCAAGGGCGCGUCCGUCCAGGAACUCCUGCAGCAGGCGGCGGCGGAUACAAAGGAUCCUAAGCCCCAGGCGGACCUCCAAGCUCAGCUGUGCAAGCUGGGCGAGAAGACCUCCACGUGCGAACAAAAGGUGAGCGUGUCAGAGGAGUUUUGGCGCGCCGAGGGGGCGUGGCGAGAUGCUAAACACAGGCACCAACAAGCGGUGGCUAAUGUCGUCCGCCUUGGUAGCAACCUUGCGGCUGCGGAGGGGAAUGAGCAGAUGGCAGCACGCGCCUUAGCAGAAGCGGCAACGAUCAACUUGUACGCGGUCCAGGCCGUCGCUAGGGCGGAGGGAGUGCAGGUCAGCACUGCGAAGGGCGAGGGCGACGGGCUGAAGGAUGAGAAAUUGAUCCGCGCGCAGUGUGACGCGAGCUUUUCUGUCAACCCCGACGGCUUGGAGGCGACCGAGGAAAAGAAGAAGGCGAUCGCAGGGCUGCGCGACCAGUUCAGACAGCCAGAUAUAUCCUUGUGGGCAAAUGGGGGGAGAUCCAGGAAUGGUUCAUAUAGCCUUCUGGGCAAAGAGAUGGAGAUCCAGGAGUGGUUCCGCACCGUCCAUAAGCGCCAGCAGGACGUCGAGGAGAGGCUGGCCAAGACAAGGCGAGACGGCCCUUCACAGAGGCUGGCAGUGCGGGAUGAACCAGGGGUCCAAGACCUGCGAGCUCAGCAACGAGCAUGCGAGCCAGGCGCUGGUGCAGGUCACCGCUGUUGAGGCGUUUUGGUUGCGCGGGCUGCUGCCACGGGUGCGGGUAGCCGCGCCCUCGCUUCCCUCGGAUUGAUGCGCUGGCGCAGGGCCGCGUGGGCCACGGGGUCGACGGCGACCCUCUUUUCGCGCGCGGAGACGCCAGCGGAGGGCAAGACACGGGCUCCAACUAACUCACGCGCGAAGGGCCGGCCAUCGCGAGGUUGCUGGCAAGCGUUCGCCCAUUGGUUCAUGCUUGCGCAGUGGGGCCGCUGGUCUGCCUAUGCAGGUCGUCGCUCGAUGCGAAUGGGAAGUUUUCCACAUGGUUCUUUUUUGUACGACGGGGUCGCUCACCUACGUCGCGGACUUGCGAUAUGGCGGCCGCAGGCUGGCACGCCAAGAAGUACAUGUGCCCGUGGGGAGACGGCGCGGACAUCUGGCGGCAGACAAGCAAGCUCGUCCGCGACCGUCAGUGCUUGAUGAGGACAGGUUUCGUAUUCGCUUGCACGAGAGGCGAGCUUUUCUGGCCAUGCAUCGUCUCUUCAGGGCGGCCAUCGACAGCAUGGCGGCCACCGAGGCAGCCGAGGGACCAAG